AGCAUUAUAGCCUUGCCUGUCAAGUUUUCAAAGCUACUUGCCAUUCUCUCUCUUACCCCUCAAGUGUUUACCUUCUCCACUUCCAACCAAACACUCCGAAAUCCCAGCUUUCUUUUGUCCCCUUAGAAGUGUUCAAAUCAUCAUUUAAUUUUCACCCAGGUAUCGCUCUUCAAAAUUUCAAAAAAAAAAAAAAAAAAAUUCCCUUCAGCCUUUCUUCCUUUAUUAAUUUUGCUUUCUUAUUAUGAUUCUGGUUUUUAUAUGAAGUUUUUGGAUUAUCUUUGUUAUUGGGUAAUUUUUUCUAAUUUCAAUUGAAAUUUCUGUUGCCUUUGUUUGAAUUUUGUUGGGUUUUUGUCCAAUCCCCUUCUUUUAUAGUUAAAUUUUUAUUCAAUUAGGUUUUUUUUCAUCUGGGUCAGAAACUUUAAUCAUCAUUUGUGUAACAAAAAGCUUGCAACUUUCAUCUUAACCCCAUGAAACAUCUCAAUGUUGGUUGAGAAAAAUUAAUUAAGUUGAGUUCUAUAGUAAAUAAUUUGCAAGUUUUUGAUUGAUGGGCAGUUGCAAAAAGCUUCAUGAUUGGUUGUUUAAACAACGGAUUCUUUGAAAUUGAUUGUUUGGAAUGAGCUGUAUUUGUAGAAAGGAUGGAAACUUUAUGAUUGGGCAUUUGGAAUGAUGGUUCUUGAAGUAGGUAUGAGUCAAAAUUUAAAUAAUAUAAUGGAAUCUUCUCCGGUUAGUAUCAAAGAGAAUGCCAGUAGUGUUAAAUUACACGAAGAGAAAUCGGAUGUUAGUGCAAGUAAAUGUGAAGAGAAAAACCCCAAAGAGAAUUUGAUGAUCACAUGUGCUAGUAAUUAUGAGGAUAAUAGUUUUCAUAUGGAAGUCGAUUGCGAUCAAGGUAUGACUAUGGGGCCAAAUGAGGAUGUAGAUGUUGAUGUUGUGGGGAAUGGGGUUGUUGUUGAGGAGAUGAUGGCGGAUAGGGAAUCUCUUGAUGCAACGGAAAAUUCGAGCUCGUUUGGGUGUACAGAUUCUGGGAUUGGAACUGCUGGAGCUGCUAGUGAUGUGGAAGUUGAGUCUCGGUUGAGGGAUGGUGAUGGAUCAUUGAAAGAGUUGGAUAGACUUGAUUUAUUCAAAACCAGGAAGAAGGUGACAUCUCAUUGGAGAAAAUAUGUACAACCUGUUAUGUGGAGGUGUAAAUGGGCAGAGUUGCAGAUGAGGAAACUAGACUACCUAGAAUCCAAAUAUGAUCGGGAGCUAGCAGAAUGUGGUAGAAGAAAGAAGUUUGAGUUAGAGAAUUGUGCCGCUGAAGACCUUGCUAUAAAGUCAGCUCCUUUUGUUUGCCAGAACCGGUCAAGAAGGGUUUUUAAGAGGAAAAAACGGAGAAGAGUAGAAGAAAUGGUAGACGUCGCUGCCUAUUCGUCAUCUCAUAGCUUGUUCUCAUAUUUUGCAAGUAAGAGAACUUCUGGUGGCUCAGCUUAUUUGGAUGAUAACCCAAGCAAUACUGUAACGACUUCUGGUGAAUUUGAUGAUAUUGGAGAAUGGAUAUUUCUUGAGUUCAAGGACAGCGAUGCCUUUGAAAAGGUUCUACAGUACAUUGAAAUGACUCAGAUUCGUGUCCGUGAGUUGAAGGCGAGGAUUGAUGAAGUGAUCACGGAAAAUACCGGAAGAUUCACAUCUGCAAACUCUAAGUUAGGUUUACGUGGACCAUUUUUGAGCUCUGGCCCAAGUUCAAUUUUGCCCAAAGUGAAUAGUGAAAAUUUAGUCUCGCCUAAACGUGUAGUUUCUGGCCGUGGGGAAGUGAACUCUCUUCCUCACAUGAUUAGAACUUCUGAACAGCUACGAAUCGGGGAGAAGGGUCUCGGUCUCGAGAUUAGGAGUGAAAUUUUACUCUCUAAUCAAUCAGCGAAGGAAGAGUCGAAUGCUUUAGAGCAUCAGUCGAUAACUGAAGUGAAAGUGGAGGAUGUUCAACAUCUCGCUGUUCCUAUUUCUCCCAGCAAAUCACCAGCCCCUGGUGAGCAAUCGGCAGUAAAAGUACGUCCCAAGUCGAUGAGUACACCCAAGAACAAGAGACAGCGCAUGAGGCGCAAGGCUCGACCUGGAGGAAGGUGGGUCAGAAAAUCUUCUGGGUAGCAUGUAAAUAAAAGGCAUUUGCUUUUGAUCAUAAAAUAGUAUUAGUGGAUAGUGUUUGUUCGACGGGAUAUAUGAAAAAAGGUGACCUGGAGAAGGAAGAAGAAACAAUUGGGCAACGAAAAUUAUGGUCGAUAUAUAUAGAAGUAGCAGUCUUGUUGAUCUGAUCUAGGCAUUUGUACAUGCUUUCUGUUUGUGUCAAAUUAUAUAUACCCUUUGCCUUUUUAAUGAAGCUAAUUCUUCGUUGUGACAA